AAUUCCCAUUUUGCCUGUAGUAUAACCCGGAUGUGAGAGUUUGAACUCAUUCAUUUUCAGGUGGCAGACAGCCGUCGGUGUGAAGCCAACCUAUUUCUUCCAGUCUGCAAUACGACACCAAAGAUGGGAGGAGGAAAUUCCUAAGUCUCGAAAAACCUAUACUGGACCACAAAAUCGACCAGAGACACAAAAGCCUCCACCUUUACUUUCGAUUAAGGGUGCAUCCCCCAAACCCAGCGGAUAUUCAGGAAGAGAAAACUAAGCUCGUAAUCUACCGAGAACUGAAACAAGCCAUCGACACUGGGGAAAUGAACUGCAUUGCGAAAGUACAUGAUGAUCUGAGUAACUUCUCCAAGUAUGAUAGAAUGGAAGACUACCUGAAUACCGUGGCCGAGAACGUAGAGACUUACGGCAUUACGAGAUACAACAUGAAGAGGGAAGACGGAUACCCAGUUCUUCUCUCCGUCAACCUGAAAGGCAUGACCAUCAGGGCAGGAACUGCGACGUCCGAAAUCUCGUUCUCGAAAAUGAAGCAAGUGGCCCGCGGGAGGAAGUCCCUGACCGUUAUACCAGUGGCGCCAGGAGCUGAUGUCAAACUUCUCGGCCCAGACUCGUGCUUCGUUAAGGAAGUUCAAGAAACUAUCAUGGUUAAUUAUUACGUGCACAAGCAGUUGCUUGGCACUAUUUGAUCCUUUGAUCUCUGACGAUGGAACUCUGGAGAAAGCGAAUUAGUUUUUAAGAAGCAUCUGUCAGUCAAGGUUUGGCAGUACGAUGUUACUCUCUUAAGAUGGUUUUACACUAGGCUCACCUUACGCUCACUAGGAUUCACCCCACGCUGCAUGCGUAAGACUCAUCACCAACUCCUCCUAAAUUCUUGUUAGCCCCGCCUACCGGACUGAUCAUUAGGGUGACUUAAUGGUGUGGCGUGACUCUUGCUGAGCAGUCCAGUAGUUGGGGCUAACAAGAAUUUGGGAGGAGUUGGUGAUGAGUCUUAAGCAUGCAACGUGGGGUGAAGCCUAGUGUAAACUCACUUUAUACAGGGUGUCCAUAAAGUCCCAGUACCAUUACGAGUAUUUAUUCACUGCAAUGGUACUGGGACUUUAUGAACACCCUGUAUGUCACGUAGUUGAACCAGAGUUCACCAUAUUAGUCUGAGUGGAUAAAUAAGCUGAGGACAAAGAUAGAAGGUUAAGAAUAAGGAAUUUUAUGUAAAUAACUGAGAAAUAAAGUUUUUUUUUUCUCUGUUAAUGUAGAAUUGAUGUGAUCUUAUAUUUAGCCAAUAACGAAUCGGUUAUACAAAUA